AUUUCAUCAGCUCCAUCAUUUCAAAUCGGCCGUUUGCGCGCGAACAACUUGGCGAUACGCUACGGCGAUAAACCACCCAAAAACAUACCAGCUCUAAUUUUGAACGGCUGAUUCUUCGACCUCAUCUCACAAAAUACAAAACUGACCCUUUCGGCCCUCACACAAGAUGCAGCGGCCGCAGGCAUACGGGCAGUCGCCCCCUCUACACCACCCGGUACCCCAGCAUGUCUCGACCGUGCCACAGCUCCGAUCUCCUCCCCCGCCAGUAUCACAAUCCUCGCAAGGUGGUCAGGGCUACGGCGGCAGCCCAUACCCUCAGCAGCAAGGUGGCGCCGGCCCGCAGAACAUGUUUGGGCAGUACGGGCAGUUUAUGAACGAUCCGGCAGCGCAGGUGGCGGCACACUUUGGAAGCACGGCGUUUCGACAGGGACAGGAGCUCAUUGACCAGAAUAUAAACCGGUACCUGAGUGUGCACUUGCUUAAACACUACUUCAACGUUACAAACUCUUAUGUCAUCAACAAAAUCUACUUGGUUCUUUUCCCCUGGAGGCACAAGCCCUGGUCGCGCAAGCCAGCUAUGGGCCCUGGUGGACAAGAGGGGUAUUUGCCGCCGAGAGACGACGUCAACAGUCCAGACAUGUAUAUUCCUGUAAUGUCUCUGGUGACAUAUAUCCUUCUCUCGACCGCAAUUGCUGGUCUCAGGGGACAGUUCCAACCGGAACUUCUCGGAAACACAGCAGGAACGGCGCUCAUAGUGGUUGCUGCUGAAAUCAUUAUCCUGAAGCUUGGGUGCUACAUCAUGAGCAUAUCCAACAAUUCGCAACUACUGGACCUGGUCGCCUACUCCGGGUACAAAUUCGUCGGUGUUAUUGUUACUGUCGCCGUUGCUGAGGUUAUGAACGGCGGCAAAGGCACCGGCGGAUGGUCUGGCUGGUCUGUAUUCAUUUACACAUUCUUGGCCAACUCACUGUUCUUGAUGAGGUCGUUGAAGUACGUUCUGCUGCCUGAAAACGCCGACAACAGCAGGAUGCAGACAGACACACGCGCCAAGAGGAACCAGCGGACGCAGUUCUUGUUCUUCUACUCAUAUGUGGUACAGCUUUUCUUCAUGUGGAUCUUGUCUAGACCAUGAAAGGUCAUAACUGUCGGAAGGAAUUGGCCGUUUCAGCAAAAAAAUCUUUGACCUGUCGUAGGAUGUGCGAGCAGAGUGAACCUAUGACUAGAAUAGUCAGUCUAGACUAGAUGAGGCAGAGUAUUUAUCUUGUCCGUCUCGAACUGUAGGGAUCCGAUGGAUUUAGCAUUAGAAAGCAAAAAACCAAAGACCCUGAAUGAACAAGCCUCAAAAGAUGAUA